CGUGGGUAUUGAGUGUUUGGAUUUUAGUGCUCAUAGAAUUUCAUUUUGUGCCUGGGUUCUAUACUUUGAAUUAAAUAUAUCUUGUCAUUCAACCAUCCACGAUUGGAGCAGUAUAAAAUGCACGAAAACACCUCAAUAUCAGCGAAACGAGGGCUACAAUUGUGGCAAAAUGGAACAAACUCAUCCAAAAAGCCUAAAACCGACGAAUUACAUUCCGAAGCCACAGCCUCCCCGUUAGUCAAAGCACUCUACUCGGAAUCCGCAACAGCAAAGCUCUGGAAUGUGGCAAAUAAGGCACUGGACAGUGCAGCGCCUCCAACCCUCUACCCAGAGUACUCCGGCGCAGACGGUGUCACCUACGUCUACCGCACUCUCGAUUUCUGGACAUCAGGUUUCUUCCCCGGCUCACUGUAUCUCCUCCUUGAACGGCAGAGCCUUUAUCCAGCUUUCUAUGACGUCCCAUGGCGACUCAGUAAGAAAGGCCCACUGCCCCAUAAACUUCAGCUUCAGUACCUCUGCCAAUGGUGGACAGCCAAUCUACACGCCAACGCCGCGAAGCGAGAUACCCACGAUCUGGGUUUCAUGAUGGCGCCAUGGGCAAUGAAGGCAUGGUCUCUGAACCGCGAUCCGCAGGCCUACAACAGUUUAGUCCUAGCUGCGCACUCUCUGGCUAGUCGGUUCGAUGAGCGCGUUCAGUCGUUGCGAAGCUGGGACGUUUGCCACACUAAGCGGUAUUCAUUCACAGACCCCGGGAAGGAUUUCCUAGUGAUUAUCGAUAACAUGUUGAAUCUUGACCUGUUGUUCUGGGCUGCGAAGGAGACGGGAAAUGCAAAGUUUUAUGAUAUCGCAGUUGCGCAUGCGUGCACCACGGCGAAACACCACAUCCGAUCUGAUAACGGAACCGUCCAUGUGGUUAAUUAUGAUACGAAGACUGGGUUACCGAAGUCGAAGUUCACGCACCAGGGGUAUAGCGAUGAGAGCUGUUGGGCUCGUGGCCAGGCUUGGGGAAUCUUGGGAUUCAUGCAAACGUUCGAGUGGACCAGGCAGAUGGAAUUUCUCACUACGGCGCGAAGCUUGGGUGAUUAUUUUAUCCGUCGGUUACCUGAUGAUGGGGUGCCAUAUUGGGAUUUUGAUGCUCCUGUGGACUCGUCUUGCCCGAGAGAUACAUCUGCAGGUAUGGUGGCGGGCUGUGGGCUGUUAUUGAUUUAUAAGGCGUUGAGGGGCGUGGAUGAGGAUGCUUCGGAAUUUUAUUUGACGUCUGCACUGAGGAUCUUGAAGGGUACGGUGGACAGUUUCUUGACUCCUGGCACUCUGAGGUUCGAGGUUGAGGCGUCUGAUACCGUGGUGCCGACGUAUCCUGCCGAUCUACCAGAGCACGACAAGAGGCAAUCGGGGGCACUUCGGGCUAUAGAUUCUCGACCGGCGCAAAAUGGGAAUGGUACUUGCAGGAAGAUACCGGAAACCAUCCUCGAUGGUGCGACGAUAAAUAACUAUGAGUUUGCUACUCGUCGUUGGGCGGACCAUGGUCUUGUCUAUGCCGAUUAUUAUUUUAUGUUGAUGGGAAACAUGCUCUUAGAGCUGGGACUAGUUAGCGGGACAAGGUUUGUUAUCCAUGGGGAGCAUUUGUUAUAAUAGAGGUAUACGCAAUAGACUAUACAUUGUUGAGGCUUCCUCCGGUUCUUACUCUAUUUGCAGGCAUACAAGAGCAGUAAGAGGAGAACCUGCUCCCUAACUACUGUGCCCAAGAUGUCUGGAAUUCUCUCCCAUGGCAGCAGCUUGGUCCACUUCCACUGCACCAUAGCGACUGAUCCUCUGUCCAGGGCUGAGGGUUGUCUGUAGAUGCUCCGGUGAUACGCAGCCAAAUGAAAUGGGGGCAUUAGUGUAUAUAGGACUUGUCGCAUUGUUCCAGAUCGGCACAUGGGACGGCUGAGGGUUAAACUGGUCCCGGUCCGUUAACGAAAUACCAAACGGAUCUACAUCGGUAAAACUCUGGAGAGUUUGUUGGAAUGACAAGGGAAGAGGAGGAAACGCCAAGCCAACCGAGGUGUCA